AUGGAGGAUCAAAAAGCAAUGGUGGAAACAAUUGUGAAGUUCACUUGGACCGUCAACAACUUCUUUGAUCUGAACUGCCAGGUGCUCUACUCUGACACAUUCUUCGCUGGCUCUCAUCCGUGGAGGAUACUUUUAUAUCCAGAAGGAGAAGAUGAAGUUGAAAUUUGUUGGGAUGCUGGGAAUAAUUCUACUAAUCUUCCUGAUUACUGGAACCGAUAUGCAAGUUUAAAGUUGUCUUUGAUUAAUCAGGUUGAUGGCAAAAUGACAAAAACAGAUAGUUUGUAUGAGGAUUUCCACAAACGUCAUUUACCGAUGAUAGUAAUGGACAUAAAAAAAUUUAGUGACCCCAAAAAUUGGUUUCUUGUAAACGACACAUGCAUCAUUGUUGCCGAAGUUUCUCUCAACACCAAUGCCUCAUGCGGUAGAGAGUUAACAGAUUUCAAGGGUGUGGCAAAAAUUGAAAAAGAUUAUGUUGAAUUGCUAGAGAAAGCAUGUUUAAAGCACCCUUCACUUAUUGAAAGCCUUCUAAAAAGAAAUAGGAGCCAAAGGUUCAUUGAAAGGGGUUUCACAGCUUUAGGAAGAGUACUUCAUUUUCUCAAGACUAAGAAAGUUAAGGAUAUGUUGAAUGAUGAUGAUGCUUGUAAAGAGCUUCAAGAUUUAUGGGAUGAAGUUGAGAUAGUUAGAUUUGAUGAUUUGACAUGGCUUGAGCCUCAUGUUAAAUCUGCACUGCGUAUGAAAGUUUAUAUGGUGAAAGAAGCGAUGGUGACAAAGCUGAAGGGUUAUGUUGUUGAUCUUGAGGAUAGGGUUGAGAGCUUGAAAGCAAAUGUGGCUGCUGCAAAGGAUGAUCUUGAAGGGGCAAAAUUGGAAUUUGCAAUUGCUGAGAAAGGCUUUGUGAAGAAAGAUUUGAAUGACGAAUUAGGUCAUGGAAUACCCUAUCUGUAA